AUCUCGUUUAUUUAUUUAACAGUCACAUAAUCUCACAUUUUUUUCAUUUGAACCACUUUCACUACCAAACCUUCCCCUGGCUGCUGUCUCUUGCUUCUGAUCUAUCCCCACUCCAUAUUUCUUCAGCCGAAGAUCUUGUACUGUUUCCAUGGAGGCUUCCCUAACCGCCCCUAACCGGUUGGGGUAGUGGCUGCACUUCUACACCUUCGCAUCCUCUGAAUACACUGCGCGGGAGGCCCACUUGCUCCCUAGCACCUGCAUGUGACAGGUUUGAUUCAUGUCUCACGUACUGAAUCAGGGUUUGCUUUGUGCCUGAGUAGGUGCUAUUGUUUUGGGUCCUGAUGUGCCUGUUUCUGGGAGCACAAGUUUUUGCAAAGUCAUGGACCACGUCUUCUCUGCACACACCCAGGGCACUUAAUAACAGACUCCCAUGAAGUAACAUAUCUGGGAGUGAGUCACUAGGUUCCCAAAACACCCAGGAUCCCAAGUGACUCUGUUUGUCACAGCUUACCCAGCCCCUGGAACCAUCUGGCGUGACCAGGAGACUCAUUCACGUGUGAUCAGGUCAGAACUAGGCCGGGCGGGGCCUGGCCCCUGCUUGCCCUAGGAGCAGCCUGCUUUGGGGAUGUCUUUGGUCUCUGCUUUCGGAGUUCUCCAGGGUGCACACGUCUCAUAAUUGCCAUGUCAGCCCCGGGGUGGUGUGGUCCCACCUUCCCUCACCUCUGAGCUCGCCCCUCCACCACCCCACCCCUCGUAGGCCACCUCUCCCUCUUGUUAAUCUCUCUUUUUGUUAGACUGGGAUUUUAUUUAUUUGCUUUUUCUUAUUCUCUGAGCUCUUGCUGGAAAUCAGCUCGGGCAGAGUGACUGUGCUCAGCGCUGGCUCAUGGCUUGGAGCACUCCAGGCUGCCGGCUGCGUCGGCUUUCCCUUGUGGGUGAGCGUCGACGAGCGUGAUGCCUUUCCUCUGCGACACCCCAGGGUCCCCUCUUCUUGCCGGCUCGGCUGCUCGCACUUGGCUGGCCUGCCUUUUCGUUGUGAAUGGCAGUUUUUCCUGCGCACCCUGGACCCUGUCUGGCCACCUCGAUGGGGCUCAGACUUUCUCAGUUGCAGAGCCUGCUCAGCCUUCAGACCAGUUGAGCUGUUUGCUUUUGCUGCGUGUUUUGUGCUGUUCCCUUUUGGAGCUCAGACACUGUCCCGGGGUGGGCAGGGGCUCCCAAGUCUGGAGACGGGGAUAGCUUGGGAGAAUCCCCAGGUUGUUAGACAUGUGUGUGUGUCGGGAGAGUGAUCGUACGUGCUGCUGAUGUAGUGUGUUCUGACAUUUCUUCAGAGUCUCUUGGUCUGUAGCAAAGGAUGGGGUUGAAUUUCUAGUGUCAUCUCUCAGCAGCUGUGCAAACUUAAAGGAGGAGCUAAGCUUCGGUUUCUCCCUGAGUUUCACUUUCUUCAGCUGUAAAACGGGGAGAAGAACAUCUCCAUUCAGGGUUGACAUAAAGAUUAAAUGGGAAAUUCCAUAUAACAUCUCCCGGUACCACCUCAGUAGGUGGAAACUCUGACUAAUAGUAAAGUAUCAGGGUUUCAUUUUCAACAAAGUAGCGAUGACGCCCUUUCUAGAGCCUCUGAGUAGGUAAUCUAAGGACUCCGCGUUGAGGACUUGAGCUUGCCCUUCCUUUUAUUAAAUCCUUCCUCUUAAGGAAUGUUAAUUGGGUUUUGGAUUUUCUUAGGGAUCCCAUAUGUUAAUUUCCUUGACCGUCCAGGGGCACUGCAGAGACAAUUCAACUGAAGUAGCCCCACCUCCUGCCCACUCUUUAGGAUGGCUUUUUGGUUUCCAUUGCAUUUUUCUUUAUUCACGAUGCCUCUUUUGCACUCUCUUCCCCACUCGACAGAAAGGGAACCGAGGAGGAGGAAGAGGAGGCCGAGCCCAGUGCCCGGCCACCGACUGCACAGGCUCUCAGGCCCUGCCGGCUCCCCUGGGAGCAGCACCCACCAGGCCAGCCUGGGUCCUGGAGAAGUGGCGUGCCCAGGCCAUCAAACUCUCUGCGGGUUGUAGACUUCCUCCUGACAUGUCACUCCCCCAAGGCGCCUGUGCCUCCCGGCCGUCUUACCCCUUGUUGCCGCUCUUCUGAGUAUAGCCACCAGCUCACAGGAGAUCCAGAUGCUGGGCUGUGGCCAGUGUUCAUGGGAGCCGGGUCCAGUCAGCCCCCCAGGCGCUCCCAGGUAGGGGCUAGAGCAGACCUCUGAUCAGUAGCCACGUGGAGAACGAGUCUCAUGGCCAGACUUGUUCCCCUGAGCACCACUUAUCCGCUGACCCGCUGCAGAGGCCCAGGGAGCGCCAGCGUGCAGUGAAAAAUGCCUUUGUCUCCAUUUGCUGUUGUGCUGCUUCCAUCCCCAUCCCUGUGCGUUUCACAAUUAGCAUCUCCAGUGCUUCCAAGUGAAUACAGGACAGAUGUUCGCACAGGUGCUGCCCUCUUUACUGGGUAAACAGAGUGGAGUUGGCAUGUUUUUCUGUGUGUGUGUGUGUGUGUGUGUGUGUGUGUGUGUGUGCGUGCACGCGCACAAAGUAGGCCUUGGAGAUGGUUGUAGUGUUUACAAAUGUUUUCUUAAAGCAUCCGAUGCACUUUUGCACGUGGUAGGUGCUCAAUAAAUACUUUGUGAUGAGUUAUUAGUGGGAAUAAAAGCCUUUUGUUUCAUAAAAAACCCAGGGGCCCGGGAGCAGGAACUACAAUUCCAAGUCAAGCCUUGAAAUUCACAGACUAAAGAAGAUGGAAAUCAUUUCCAGCCUCACCAAGAAAUUAUCUGCCAGCAUCUGGCAAACCCCUUCUUCUCUCUUUGCCUUGGCGGAGGGUGGUGGUGGGUUGUGUAGCAGUGGCAAGACAUGGUUCUUCACGUGCAGGGUGGUCAGGACAAUCAGUGCAGGUGACCCCAGCGGCUCCUGGCAAGUUAACUGCUCUGUAAACACGAGCUCACCAUGGCUCCUCCGGGGAAAGGACCUUGCCCUUUUGCCUGUGCAGAAUGUAGAUGGGAUUACAGUAUAACUGAGAAUGCCCUCCCGGCCUGUGUUUUUCCGAUUGGCACACCUGGUCCAACUGCUCUGCUGGUAAAACCCAGCAGCUCAAGUCCAGUCUCCUUAACAUGGCUUACAGCCCACCCGCUGCUCCUGCCUCACAAAAGAGUCAGGCUGCUGGGCUCAAACCCCAGCCUGGCCCCUUUCUUGCUCUGUGACCUUGGGCAAAUCACUUAGCCUCUCUGGGCCUUAAUUUCCCCUUCUGGAAACUGAAGAUAUUAAUAGUCUCUAGUUCAUGGGGCUUUUUAUACUUAAAAGAAUUAACAAACGUAAAGCACUGAGUGUGAGCUGUUAUUCUUGUUCUCAUUCCCACACAUCAGCCUUAUCUCUGGCUUCAGAAUUACCGAACCCUCUGCAGUUUCCCAGACAUCCCCUGCUAUUUGCUUCUCUGUGCUUUAUGCAUGACCUUCCUGUUUCUGGAAUGUACCUCUCACCCCAUCCCCAUCCCCCUUUUGAACACCUUUUCAUCCCUCCUCCUUUCAAAGCCAGCACGGAUAUCGCCCCUGAAUCCCUCUCUGCCUCUUUUCUCCAGCCCCCGUGGACGGUCAUUGUCAUCACAUCCUUUUCUCGGCUGUUGUAACCAACAAGUGCCUUUAACGCACCAGAAUCACAUCCCUUCUCCUGCCUCCUGAUCGUGAACUCCGUGAGGGCAAAGUUCAUGGUUUUACGUUUUCAAAUCCAACACCUAACUCAAUGCCUGGUAUACAGUAGGUGCUGAGGAAAUGUCUCCUCAAAUGAAACCAUAUUUGUUUGCAUCUAGAAGGUCAGCCUUUUAAAAACUUGCCCCUCCCCUUUUCUCCCCCAAAUAACCGCAUGAUUUAUUAAGACUAGAGCCUUGCUCUCAAGGUCACAUUUGCAACCUCAGGGUGUGAGUUCCCUGCGUGGCCAGUUUGAGGGUGGGCCCCUGGGACAGCAGUUGCUACUCUAAAUUACCAAGAGAUGCUUAUUUUCCGGGCCCCUCCCAAGAGUCUGUUGUUUCUGAUCUUCACCCCUCCCGACUUUCUGUACAUCUCUGUUUAUAGCUGCGGCUCUCAACUUGCUGCCCAGUUCAGGUCCCUUCCAUGGCUGGCCUUGUGUAUCUGCAGGGAAUCCCUCUGGAUUUGGCCGCGUAGGUCCCUGUCAGCUGGCCAGAAACAGAGUUGGAGGUGGCGCAGGGCGUUAUCCAGGCUAGUUCCAAACCAGGGCUCCUUCUAGAACAGUGCUUGACCCAGUACCGGCCUGGGUGAGCCUUUCAUCUUUCCUUUCCUCCUCUGGCUUAAGCCUUUGGAAGGACAGGUUUUGGGCUUGAGGCCAGCGAUUCAACUGGGAGGGCUGCACGCCAGCUCUCGCCUUUGUGGAGGUUAGUCUAUUUGCCCGGAGUUCUGCCUGGGUUUACAGCCUCUCCUAACGUGCGUUGAUGACGCGGGUCUACCUCCCAGGCCAUCGUGCAGUCAGUCGUCAGCAGAGAAGUCUCGAGCAGAAGGAAACGUGCGCUCUGCUUUCUUUCGGGGUAGUGGCUUUUGCCUGAUUUUUAUCUGGGGGCCUUUAAAGAGCCACAGCCGGCACAGAAGCAGGGCGGCGACGCCGUGCCUGGAAAACUCAUCAGCGUCCCUCUGGUUUGUGUUCCUCCCCUUCAAGCCUUUUCCCAUGGAGUGGGGCUCUCAGCGACAACUGGCAAACGGUUGAUUGCUCGUUGUCAUUCUGGUGGGCACUGGUGUCCGGAGGGCUCCAAGUGCUUUGUGGGUACUCGCAUUUGUUUCUCAGAUGCCCAGGUGCACCGUUGGCACCAGUCCCGGUUAAUGGAUGAAGAAACUGAGGCUCUGGGGAUCAAGGUCGUGAACCAAGGGCUGGGAGGGGCACAGCUGGGAGCGAACUUGGGUGUUCAGGGCUACGUUUUGUCUUGAAGAGGAUGUGCGGGAUGUGUGUGUGUGUGUGAACGCAUAAGGUUGUGUAUGUGUAAGAGAAUGAGAAUGAAAAGGAGGGAGGAUUGAAUGGGGUGGGGUCCUCAGUAUAAACCUGCCCGAGAACAGUCACUGCCUUGCAGUCUUUCCGAUCAGAACUACCUCCCACGAGGAGCUCAUAUGCCUUCUAUCCAAAGCAACCUCUUGCCCAGGCCCCAAAGGAAGGCCGCAGUGAUUUACCCAGCCCUGGUGGACCCUGCGCUCGCUGGACGGGGGGGCUGGGUCACAGAAGCCCUCCUCACCUGCCCGUUCUUCCCCUCUCCUCCCUGGCUCCACUCUAUAGCCGGCAUAUGGAAACCGUUUCUGUUUACCCAGUGCCACCAGGAUGCUGCUGCACGUGGAAAUCUUGGAUUCCCCACAGGGUCGUUUCAGAGGCUGCAUGCAAAGCAGCCAGCUGUUUUGCAGGGAGCCUCUGGGCCCUGUUACAUCAGCUUGGAGGAAAACGUUACCAUCUGUGCAAACAGGUCAUCCUGGUUUGUCUGCCUGUCCUCUGUGUGGGGAACUUCUCUCCUACUUGGAGGGAGUUCUUUUGUUGUUGUUAUUGUUGUUUUGUAUUCCAGUGCCUGUCAGUUCAGCAGUUUCUUUCUGUUCCUUCUCCUCUAUGUUCACCUCCCUGGGCUGACUGCCAGGAUGCAGGGAGGGCAGUUAAGGGGUUGGUGAUGCAUAAAUCUUUAGUGGCAAAAGUCGUUGGGCCUGAAAAGGCUGCAGGCUGGUUUCACAGGAGAGUUCUCUGCCCAGGGCACCCGAAGUGCAGAACAAAGUGUUUCUCUUUGGGAGUUGGGGUUGGGGGGACUUGCCCUAGAGGCUCCGAAUGGGAUCUUCCUGGUUGCCAAGAAUGUUCCUAGUCAGCUUCCUCUGGCCCUUCUCCUGCGAGCGGAGAAGCUGGUUUGCUGUGGGAGCCAGAAGACUGCCACUCCCACCCUCCUGCACUGCUGUGUAUCGUUUUUUUCCUCCUUCUUCCCGCCCGUUUCUGGGCCAGCUGCCUCCCAGGAAAGACAGAAAUGCAGAGGCGAGGGCCGGCCAUCAUGUUCCUGGACGAGGCGGCGGAUGGCCAGCUCCCCGACAGCCCCGUCGUGAGGUCAUCCCACCUCCUCCAGCUGGGCCCUUGCGAUGGAGGCAAAUAUGCCGUCCAUGACUCCUGCACCCCCAAUCUGAGCUCAGGGGGCGAGAGUUCCCCCUCCAGCCUCACCGGACACAACUGGGAGAUGAAUUAUCAAGAGGCAGCAAUCUACCUCCAGGUAACCUCUGGCGGGGAGCUUCCUGUGUGCCAGAUGCCGUCCUAAGUGUCUUGCAGGAACCUGGGGAGUGAGUACGAGUGUUGAUGGUUGUAAAGGAAGGUGAGAAUAACGACAAGUUCUUCACCCACCCCAAGAAUGCCAAAGCGCUGGCGGCCUACCUCUUUGCUCACAACCACCUCUUCUACCUGAUGGAGCUGUCCGCAGCCCUGCUCCUGCUGCUGCUGUCCCUGUGCGAGGCUCCGGCCGUGCCCGCGCUCCGGCUGGGCAUUUACGUCCACGCGACCCUGGAGCUGUUUGCCCUGAUGGUGGUCGUGUUUGAACUCUGCAUGAAGUUGCGGUGGCUGGGCCUUCACACCUUCAUCCGGCACAGACGGACCAUGGUCAAGACCUCUGUGCUGGUGGUGCAGUUCGUUGAGGCCAUCGUGGUGUUGGUACGGCAGACGUCCCACGUGCGGGUGACCCGGGCGCUGCGCUGCAUCUUCCUGGUGGACUGUCGGUACUGCGGUGGCGUCCGGCGCAACCUGCGCCAGAUCUUCCAGUCCCUGCCGCCCUUCAUGGACAUCCUCUCGCUGCUCCUCUUCUUCAUGAUCAUUUUCGCCAUCCUUGGUUUCUACUUGUUCUCCCCUAAUCCUUCAGACCCCUACUUCAGCACCCUGGAGAACAGCAUUGUCAGUCUGUUCGUCCUUCUGACCACCGCCAAUUUCCCAGAUGUGAUGAUGCCCUCCUACUCCCGGAACCCCUGGUCCUGUGUCUUCUUCAUCGUGUACCUCUCCAUCGAGCUGUACUUCAUCAUGAACCUGCUUCUGGCCGUGGUAUUUGACACCUUCAAUGACAUCGAGAAACACAAGUUCAAGUCUUUGCUGCUACACAAGCGAACCGCCAUCCAGCACGCCUACCGCCUGCUCAUCAGCCAACGGGGGCCUGCCGGCAUCUCCUACAGGCAGUUUGAAGGCCUGAUGCGCUUCUACAAGCCCCGGAUGACUGCCGGGGAGCGCUAUCUCACGUUCAAGGCCCUGAAUCAGAGCAACUCGCCUCUGCUCAGCCUGAAGGACUUUCAAGACAUCUACGAAGUUGCCGCCUUGAAGUGGAAGGCAAAGAGAAAUAGAGAGCACUGGUUUGAUGAGCUUCCCAGGACAGCAUUCCUCAUCUUCAAAGGAAUUAAUAUCCUUGUGAAGUCCAAGGCCUUCCAGUAUUUCAUGUACUUGGUGGUGGCAGUCAACGGGGUCUGGAUCCUUGUGGAGACCUUCAUGCUGAAAGGUGGGAACUUCUUCUCCAAGCAUGUGCCCUGGAGUUACCUCGUCUUUCUGACCAUUUACGGAGUGGAGCUGUUCCUGAAAGUAGCCGGCCUCGGCCCCGUUGAGUACUUGUCCUCCGGAUGGAAUCUGUUCGACUUCUUCGUCACAGCGUUCGCCUUCCUGGGACUGCUGGCUCUGGCCUUCAACAUGGAGCCUUUUUAUUUCAUAGUGGUCCUGCGUCCCCUCCAGCUGCUGAGGUUGUUUAAACUGAAGAAGCGUUACCGCAACGUGCUGGACACCAUGUUUGAACUGCUGCCCCGGAUGGCCAGCCUGGGCCUCACCCUGCUCACCUUCUACUACUCCUUCGCCAUCGUGGGCAUGGAAUUCUUCUGUGGGAUCCUCUACCCCAACUGCUGCAAUACGAGCACAGUGGCAGACGCCUACCGCUGGCUCAAUCACACCGUGGACAACAGGACCGUGGUGGAGGAAGGCUACUACUAUCUCAACAAUUUUGACAACAUCCUGAACAGCUUUGUGACCUUGUUUGAGCUCACAGUUGUCAACAACUGGUACAUCAUCAUGGAAGGCAUCACCUCGCAGACCUCCCACUGGAGCCGCCUCUACUUCAUGACCUUCUACAUCGUGACCAUGGUGGUGAUGACUAUCAUUGUCGCCUUCAUUCUCGAAGCCUUCGUCUUCCGCAUGAACUACAGCCGCAAGAACCGGGACUCAGAAGUUGACGGCGGUAUCACCCUUGAGAAGGAAAUCUCCAAAGAUGAGCUGAUUGCUGUCCUGAAGCUCUACCAGGAGGCCUGGGGAGCCGCCUCUGACAUCGCCCAGUUGCUCAAGAUCCUCUCCCAGAUGGAGAGAUACGAGCAAAAUACCUUGGUGUUUCUGGGACGGAGAUCGAGAACCAAAAGCGAUCUGAGCCUAAAGAUGUACCAAGAGGAGAUUCAGGAGUGGUAUGAGGAACACGCCCGGAAGCAGGAGCAGCAGCAACGACAGCUCAGCGGCUGUGUGGUCCCCACCACCCCGCAGCCUCCAGGCAGCCGCCAGCGCUCCCAGACCAUCACCUAAGCCCAGCCUGCAAAAGCCAUCUCUUCUAUGCAAUAACACAAUAGUAUUAUUUUACUACGAUGUAUCAGAAUAAUGUGUGUAUAUGUUUUAUAUAUAUAUACAUACAUUCAUUAAUAUGCAAAUAUUUAUAUAUAGGAAAAAAGAAAGACAGGCAGACAAGUUGAGGUUUGGUUUGUACCCACCUUGCCCUGUUAACCCCAGAAGUCAAUUUCAUUUUGGGGGAUCAGGCCACUAGGAGCUCUUCUUAACAUGGAAAGCUCCAGAAGGCCCCUUCACGAGAGCACUUGAAUGGCUUCUGCCGAUCUCUGCAGGGCUUGCCUUCAGCGUGGGCCAGCGUCCCUAGGCCAGAUCCAUACCGUCUUCCUGAUGCUGCCUUCAGAUUCCCGCCCAGGCUGACAGCUAGCUUCCCCACUAACCUGCCUGUGGCCCACAUCCUGGGGUGUCUGUGUUCUGCUUUAGGGACAAAACCACUUAGGAAGGAAAUAACCCACAUCCUUGGGUUGGUAUGUCUCUAGAUAUAAUAAUGAAAUUGGGCGUUCCCUUGGGGGACCAGUACCCAGCACCUACUGGAACGAGUGAUCCAGGGCUGUGGUUAUUCUGUAUGGUCAGAUCUCAGCCAGUGCCAGGAGGCGAGCGAGGCCGUAUCCCAGCUCCAUGAGCCUUCUCACCUACCCUUCUUUUGGUUUCAACCCUUGUUGCUGAAAAUCCUCCUAAGAUGGCCUUUGGAAUCACAGCCCAGUAGGAGGAGGAAGACGGGCAAGAGGCCAGGCCGAUGGCUACCACCCAAACCAGGUCCUGAAAUGGGCUUUUUCUCCUUAAAUCCCUUUUCCUUGGGAUCGUCCUGUUCAAGCAAAGAGACAUUUUGGUUAAUUCAGGAUUCUGCUAAAGACAACAGCAGAUCCUUUCACGUGGGUGCAUUUGCUGGAAACGGGAACAGAGAGCACAGAGGCUCACCUCAGGCUGUCCACGGCUGUCCACGGCCGCCCUGCGGCUGAACCCGUGGUCUCCUUGGCCAGCUCCCCCCUCACCUUGAGCAGUCGCCCUCCGUGGACCUGACUGAGGUAGGGCUGGGGACACGGCUCACCCCGAGGUUUCCACUCCCCGGAGUAGGUUCAGGUGGCCUGUCAGUUUCCUGAGUUCCCCAGGGACCUUGGGAGCGUUCUCUGAGGUCACGAUGCAGUAGGAGCUUGAACCCAUAGCAGGCUGUCGGCGUUGGCAGCUCCGGUGAGCGGUGGUGGCAGUGGCAGAAACAAGCAGGGUCAGAGCAGAGGGAGCCUCGGCUCAGCUCUCCUGGGCGGUGAGCCUAUCUCAGUGCAGGCAGCAGAGGUGGCAGAAGCAGGGACGAAGGGGGGGGGGGGGGGGGGGGGCAGGGGAAGCGGCCUGCACUGGGCAUCCUGCCCCAACCCCCGCUUUCCAGCUGCCUCCACUGCCUCUGUGACUUACGGAGGCGGGUGGGCAAACUCCCUCUCGCCACAUCCUCUUCCCAGCCGGGCAGGGCCUGAUCCCGGGGUGUGGUACCCCAUCCCCACGGCCAGGUCUUCUCGACUGUGGCCUUGGACGGGCUGGUCCCAUGGCCAGCACCACACAGCUCUGCCCCUCACUAGGGGAGAAGUCGUGGACGUUUCUGUUUUUAAAGCACAGCCCUUUAGGGAAACAACGAAUCACUGAGAACCACUGAGAUUCCCCAAGGGAAUCGGGAGACAGACGUCCUCUUUUCUCUCUGGAGGGCCACGGGCCAUCGCAGGCAGCUCGGCACCGAGCCCCAGGCCAGAACCCCUUCCCCGCUCCGGAGAAGUAACUUUGUUUGCAUAUUUGGGUGCCUUUCAGCUUUUGUUUAUUGAAACGGGCAUUCUGGAAGCAGGAGUCAAGGGGCGGCUCUCAGAGGAGGGCGUGAGUCCCCCAACCUCAGCAUCUGCCCCCAGGAGGCUGAAACCUGGGAGGGCACCAGGGAAACUGAGCGCAGCCCCCCAGCCCCCAGGGUGAAGACUGGUACCAGGAAGAGUGGGAUCUAGUCCAGGCCUCCCAACCCCAUCCUGUGAAAGGCCCUGGUUUUAGCCAGGGACGGGAUGAAAGCCAAGUGGCAACAGUGCUGAGGCACCAGACUCCAGCCACUGGUGGGCACCCUCAUUACUGAGGCUGAGGACAGCUGCCCCUUCGGGGUCACUGGGGGCCUCCUCAGGUUGACCCUCCGACUUGUACACAGGCCAUCGAGCAGGGAGCGGGUGUCACCCAGCGCUGUGAGCUCUGGGGACCCAGGACAUCCAGCUCGGAUGCCCUCUCACCUCCCACGUCAGCUGACCCCCACCAAGGUGAGAUGCGCCACACCACCUGAGUCACACCACCUGUGUGUGGGUCUGGGUCACACCACCUGUCAGUGUCUGUGAUGGCCCUGGGCCCCUGCCCCGCUUUCGGGGGGACACCAUCUGGCCCCUCCUCCUUGCUUCCCUCCCCCAACCCAGCCUUACUCCACACCACGUGACAAUCAUUUUGUACAGACAGAGGGGGCGACGCUGUAAGGUUUUUGUACAAUGGGGAUUUGUUGCCUGGAAAACCCACCGCGUCUCCGGAUUUCUGGCGUAUUAAUAAAAGAGCCUCUGCUUUGUA